CUGGUGCGUCGUGGUCGUUUCGUUCUGUUGAGUAUUCUUCCCGCCAGCCGGACCGGGUCGGAUCGGGACGACGAUGGCAAGGGAUUCCAUGCGAUGCGAUAUCGUCGUGUCAGUUUGUCCUGGGCAACCAUCGAGUGCGGUCGCGAAUUUUCUGACUUUCUGCUGAAACGUCCGAAAAAGAAACGUUUCUUAUUCCAGGUCUAUAAAUUAUCCAGUUUUUUUCCGGCGUGUGGAUCUGAGUGGCAAAAAAGUUUGAGAAGCGAGCAAGAAAAAAGUCAGUGCUACAAAACGCCAUCGUCGUCGUCUUCAUGGUCGCCGGGUGCGAUUUCCUUCACCAACUGUGUUGUCCCUUGUGAACCAUCCAGUUGUGUACACAUUAAUUUGAGGCGCAAAACCAACGAACGUCGACAACAGUGAGAAGCGAAGCAAGGUGAGGUGUUCCGAAGUGGAAAGUCUGAGGCAAACGACUGAAGAAACCCAAUUGAAAAAAAAAGACAUACAAAAUAAAAACGCGGAGAGGUGAAAGUGAAUAAAACAUCGGGAAAUUGGAAAAGUUAUCGGUAACUGCAAGUGCAAGCGGUGGCUGCUGAACAAGAGAACGCUGAAUUUCGUGAGAAAGCGUGGCAACAGGAAGACCGCCGGAAAAGGUUUCCGUUUUCGGACGAGGACCACAACAGAUCGGCUGCAGCGCACAAUUCUGAUGGAUAAGAUUGCACGCGCUAUGUCAUAAAUACUGACCCAUUAAGACCGGCCAACUUUCAUCGCUGGGAAAAAGUCCUUCCCGGGUGCUGCUUCGGCUGCUAUCCAGCCAGGAAAGCCGAGUCAAGUGAAACUGUGGCGCGCGAACACCCACGCCAGCUCGCCUAGUUCUGGCUAGAUAAAACCCCUAGGGUUUAGAGAUCCUUCGAAGCAACUUGAUCAAAGCCUCCAACGGAGUAAUAAUUAUUUCCACAAGCCACUGGCUGACUGACUGGAGAGGCAGAGGAGAGGCUGUACGAGAGACACUAAAGAAACUUUGGCUUUUUUUCGGUAAGACUUCCUCCCCCGAGGCGAUUGACCAACGUCGGAGUGGUGUCCGUUUGUGUGUGCUAGCAGCAGGACGAGCAGGAGCAAGUGGGACUUCGGUGUGGAAGGAAGUGAAGUGGGCCAACGAGCCGGUGCUGUUCCAAAAUGAAGGGCCGACAUCUGAGGAGGCGCUUCAGCCUGCAGCCAUCGUUCAUGAAAGAUGACAGCCCCGAGGAUAGACCGAAACGAGAAAAACCUCUGAAAAACGAUGAAAAUUCAAUCAAUUCCAACGUGCGGCACAAGAUCGUCGUCAUGGGUGCGGCCAAGGUCGGCAAGAGUUCAAUCAUCACCCAGUUCCUGUACGGGACCUUUUCGCCCAAGUACAAACGCACCGUCGAGGAGAUGCACCACGGGCACUUCUCGGUAGGCGGCGUGAACCUGACGCUGGACAUCCUGGACACAUCCGGUUCGUACGAGUUCCCGGCGAUGCGAGCCUUGUCCAUCUCGUCGGCGGAAGCCUUCAUCCUGGUGUACGACAUCACCGACAGCGUUACCUUCGAGGAGGUCAAAGCAAUCCGGCAGCAGAUACACGAAAUCAAAGCAACCACAGCGGUACCGAUUGUGGUUGUGGGCAACAAGACCGACCUCGCCGACGAGGACGACGAUGUCCGACAGAUACCACAUGGCACUACGGAAUCGAUGAUAACGGUCGACUGGGAAAACGGCUUCGUUGAAGCUUCUGCCAAACUCAACCAGAACAUUUCACAGGUCUUCAAAGAACUACUCGCCCAGGCCAAAAUAACCUACAACCUUAGUCCGGCACUCCGUCGACGGCGACGCCAGUCGCUCCCACAGCAUGCCAGUGCCGGAGGAGGAGGAGGCGGCGGUGGUACCGGUCCAUCCACCCCGUCGCAGAACAUCCCUCCGACUUCGUCGCACGUCCCUUCUGCGGCCCAGCUGGCCCACUUGCAGCAAAUCCAGGACAAAAGCCUGGGCGGAAAGCGAAACUCCUGCAUUCUGUCUUAGGGCUUCCGGUGUGUUUCCAAAAUCGGGGGCAAAGGGACUAUAUUUUUCUCGAUAAUGUAAUUACAGAUUCACAGAUUCACACAUAAGAUCGGUAAACACUUUGUUAUAUUGCAGUGAAUAAGAUUAUAAAAUAAAAAAUAUUCAGUACGAUAGAAAACAAGAAACUAGUAAGUGAAAAACGCGCGAAACUAGGCCAAAGUUGUAAAGUAGCGAUGUGGAAUAAUACGGGUAAAUCCAAACCAAAAUAAGCAGAUUACAACCAAGGGUAUACAUAAACUACAUGCCGAAUAGGGUGUGACAGAAAAAUCCUGGUGGUCGGUCAUUUUCAGAAUGGUUUCAAAAGUAAAAUGAUAUUCUGAGCA